AUGCGUGACAGCAUUCUACUUAUUAACUCCGCGCUCAAUCCUGAGCAUUACUCCGGCUUAAUAGAAUACAUAGAUAUUCUUUUUACAACUUUGAUUGCCGGGCCCUUGAUCAUCAUCUAUUGGCUGGCGACAUGGAAUUUGUUAGAUAUGUACAUCUACCCCGACGAUCCACUGUUAAGUGCGCUGGUGACAACAUCGAUAGGACUCAUUUUUGGACUGCUACUGUGCGUUUUCCAAGAAUACUGUUGCAAAGAAUUAACACCUGAAAUUGGAAGUGUUAAGUUCUUUAUUGUGACUAGAUUGUACAAUUAUGUCGGUGGAUUAAUCAACGUAGCGGCUUGUAGAGGUGUCUGGAGUUUUAUGGACAUUUACGAAGAGGAUGCGUUUUCUACGGCAAUUACAACUAUUGUUUCAACAAUAGCCCUUAUAUGUCUGAAAGGGUUACGAAAUUUGGAGUCAGCUCCGUACAGUGUUUCAAUAGAUGCAGAAGAGGGUUACUUUGAUGCACCAACAUUUUACAGAACGAGUAGUAAGGAAACAGCUCUAUACAUAUUGGACUGUGUAUUUUCUGUGACUGUGGUCGGGUCACUUGUGGUGUUCGUGUGGCGAGGGCUGUGGGCUUUGAUUGACAUUUACCUCUAUCCAGAUGAUCCUGCCAAAUCUUGCUGGACGUCACUUAUAGUAGGUUACUCUAUGGUAGUUGUGACAUUUUCGCUGCAGGCGCCCAUGCGGUGGGCUGUCGCAAGACUUCAGGGAGCCCCAAGGCUGUUGAUCGCUGAUGUUUACCACUUACUUUCAUUCGCUUCCACGGUUAAUGUAUGGCGAGGGGUUUGGGGAUUGCUGGACAUUUAUUUUUUGCCAGAUUCGCCUCACUUAAGCAACUGGUCUUGCCACAUCGUAAGUCUGGCGUUGCUGAUUCUCUUAAAUUGUUCAAAUUCAAUUCUUGUAAGAGGAGUUUAUAUUGACGCAGAAGAACCGGCUGGCGAAUGCGUCAUCUUCCCCUGUCAUUACCUCCGACUCUUCUUCCACAAGGAAAGAACAAAACGACAUAAAGCGCUAGACUUAACGAAAAAAAUGGAAGAAGCCAGUGUGCCUUUACAAACACCAGAAGAAAAAGUAUAG